GUGAACAGGGAGAGGGGCUUUUGUCUGUUGGUCUCCCUGGACUGAAGACAGGGAGAAUAGAAACCCAAGACUAGGAUUCUCAAAAUGGUUUAUUACCCAGAACUCUCUGUCUGGGUCAGUCAAGAACUAUUUCCAAACAAGGAGAUGGAGAGAAGGCUUCCUAAGGGAAGACUUUCUGUCCCAAAGGAAUUGAGCCGCAAGAAGAACAAUGAGACCAACUCUGUCUUCCUGACUCCACUGGGCAGCAAUGAAGUCUGCUCCCCAAGAAUCAGUUACCUCCAAUAUGGUUUGGUUCUGUGUCCCCACCCAAACCUCAUCUCCAUUUGUAGUACAAUUAGAAACGACAGAGGUGAGAAGGUGGUAGAUCAAGGUAAUUUUGAUGAAAAAGAACAACACAAUGGAUCAGGCAGCUUCAUCUGGAGCACAGCAGUUUAUACAGUGGCUGCCGAAACAGGCUAA